AUGGAAGAUUUUAAAGAUCUAACAGAAAGUUUUAUUCAAGACAUGAUUGUGAAUUGUGGCUCUCAUAUUCCAAUUUCUUAUGUAUAUAGUUAUAAAAAAUCGAAAAAGAGUGAUAUUUCUUUUCAAAAUUAUUAUUUAAAAGAGUUGAUUAAGAAGAGGACAAGAACAAGAUUUUCCUACAAGGAUUACGGAAUUAUAUUCUGCUUGCUGUGUAAUGGAGCACAACCUUUUUCAACAUGUGAAUUAGACGACGAAAUAACAAUUUAUGAGAGAGUUCUACAGAUCAAUGAUGUAUAUUUGAUUGAACUAUUCAAAUGUUUCAUUAAUCCUCAAGACGUUCCAUGUGAGAAGUCUCUGAAAUUAAUUUUAAAUAAUUUCGUUGAUGAUGAAGAUUCCUUUUUGCGUCGACACACACCCUUGCACAUGGCAGCCACAUUGCCAAAUGCGAACGUAACAAUCACUCUUUUGAACAAGAAAUUAUGUUGUGAGGAGAAAACCACAAACGAGGAAACACCGAUAUUCUUUGCUGUGAAAAACAACCAGAUGGAACAAGUGAAAACCCUUCUGAAAUACGGAGCCAACCUCAGAGCGAGGGACAUAAACAGCAAUACAGUACUUCAUGCAUUAUGUUCUGAAGAAGGAGAGAUUAAUAUCGAACUGUUAGAAUUUUUAUUAAAUGUCGGUUGUGACCCGAAUUCAUUUGGCAAAAAUUCGUGUACCCCUUUACAGAUGCUUGCUGAAAAUGGAAGAAUAAAUAAUGCAUUGGAGUGUGCAGAAUUACUGAUCAGAAGAGGAGCUGAUGUCAAUUUGCAAAACCUUCACGGCGACACAGUUCUGCAUACAUUAUCCUACUCUUGUGACGAAUCCCAGUUCAUUCUCUUUCUCGAAUUACUGUUGAAGAGUAAAGCUGACACGAAUAUAGUCAAUCAUGACAACAAAACAUUUUUGGAUGAAUUAUUAUUGGACUGCUGCCAUUCUAGACGACAUACUAUUUUGAAACAUCUGAUUUUGUUAGAUAUCAAUGGAAAAUAUCAAUUCUGUGUUAAUCCAAUUCAUUGUGAUUCGUUGGAUGUCGAUUUCCAGAAAAGGAGUAGAAAAGAAUUGCUUCAUUUACGGUCCCGCAAAAUAGCUCAAUUCCAAUCACAACCGGAAUAUUCUCUGGUGAGAAUACUAAGUUCGACUGUAAGGGAAGUGUCCAGAUUGUGUUGGAAUCAAACAUUGAUAACAGCCAUGUCUGAAUUCAAGGAAAGAAAAUUCCCAAUUUACGGUCGUGAACUCAAAUGCAAAUUUGAAGCUGGGUUAAGACUAUUCCUGGAACAACAAGCAGCUCAUGAAUUUUUCACUGUCGUCUCUAAAGGAAAGCUCAAUUAUUAUACCAUAAUCGAAAUUUUAAAAUACAUACCAGUACAAGAAGUGGGCAAAUGUUCAUUGACCUCGACCUAGCCAAUCGAAGACCUCGUCCUCAAAAAUGCUUUUUGUUGAAAGAUAAAUAAAAAAAUUUUCAAAAGUGGAAGAAAUUACUAUAAAAACUAAGUGUAAAAGUAUUAUUUAGUCAAUAGAAUUUUAUUGAAUAUUGUUAUAAUUUUUUCAAGGAAUGAUUAGAAUUCAAUAUGUAUAUUUGUAAAUAUUUCAACUGUUUUGUAUAAAUAUGUGAAUAAAAAUUUUUAUUACAACCAAGUAUCUAAACGGAGGUUUUCAUUAGGUCGAUUUAAGUUCAUCGAAU